GCUCAGGGGGUGUCAGGGUACAAUCAGGAACUUUGUCUAUUUGGAGUCAUGGCGCUGAAAGAGGAACUGCUCAAGCCCAUCUGGCACUCCUUCACUGCCCUCGAUGUGGAUAAGAGCGGAAAAGUCUCCAAAUCUCAACUCAAAGUUCUGUCCCACAAUCUCUGCACGUUACUUAAUGUCCCACAUGAUCCGGUGGCCUUGGAGGAACAUUUUGGAGACAAUGACUUGGGUCCGGUGUCCAAUCAGGGCUACAUGCCUUAUCUCAACAAAUUCAUCCUGGACAAGGUUCAAGAAGGUUUCAACAAAGUGGAAUUUAAUAGGAUGUGCUGGACCCUGUGCGCAAGGAAACACCUGCCCAACUCUCCUCUGUGUAUCAGUGAUGACAGCGCAUUCAAAGUAUGGACCAUAUUCAACUACUUGUCCGAAGAGAAAUACCCGCUGGUCAUUGUGCCCGAGGAGAUCGAGUAUUUGCUGAAGAAGCUGACGGAGGCCAUGGGAGGAGGUUGGCAGCAGGCCCUGUUCGAGGACUACAAGGUGGCGCUGGAUAAGAAGCAAAACGGCCUCUCGGUCUGGGAACUGAUUGAACUCAUUGGCAGGGGCCAGUUCAGCAAAGGCAUGGACCACGCCACCGUAUCCAUGGCCAUCAACGAAGUCUUUAACGAGCUCAUUUUGGACAUUCUGAAGCAGGGAUAUUUGUUAAAAAAAGGGCACAAAAGGAAGAACUGGAACGAGCGCUGGUUCGUGCUGAAGCCAAACAUAGUAACGUAUUACUGCAGCGAGGAUCUGAAGGAUAAAAAAGGAGAAAUUAUUCUGGACCAAAAUUGCUGCGUGGAGUCAUUGCCAGACAAAGACGGGAGAAAGUGUCUCUUUGUUGUGAAAUGUCUGGAGAGAAGUUACGAGAUCAGUGCAUCAGAUAAAAAGAAAAAACAAGAAUGGAUCCAAGCCAUACAGACGGUAGUAAAUCUGCACAAGUUCCAACUCCCUCCGCCACACAAGGAGGCCCGUCAGAAACGAAGGGCUUUGCGGAAGAAAUUGCUGGCGGAGCAAGAAGAGAUGGAGAAGAAGAUGAAGGAGCUACAGCUGGCCAACGAGACCAAGCAGCAGGAGUUAGAAGUCAUGAGAAAGGAACUGAGGGAGGCAGCGGCUCAAGCAAUGGAGGAAGAGAGGAAACGUCAGGAGACGCAAGUGCAGUUACAGGACCGAUUCCAAACAGAAAUGGAAAGAGAACUUUUGAUCCGCCGGCAAAUGGAAGCGCAGGUGGCACAGAAAUCGAAUGAACUACAACAGAAUCUAAUUCGGGUGCGGGAGUUGGAGGAAAUGUACCAGAAGCUUCAGGAGGCGCUGGAUGAUGAGAAACAAGCGCGUCAGGAGGAGGAGAACGCCAGGCUUCAUCAGGCACAGCUUCUGGAAGAAGAGGCGGCUAAGAGAGCGGUGCUGGAGAAGCUCCAUAAGGAGCAGGAAGUGGCCAUUAAAAUGACGGAGGCAGAGAAGAAGGAGCUGGAGCAGAUCCAUGAGGUGAAGGAGAAGGCCCUGCAGGAGGCAAUGCAGCAACUGGAGCAACUGGAGAAGGAACGUAUUCUGGCUCUAGAGCAGUACCAGCAAGUGUCAAAGAACCUAGAGGAGGCCGCCUGCAAGACCAGAUCUUGGAAAGACAAAGUCUUGCAACAUGAAGGGUUAAUGCGACUAAUACAGCCAGGCUCAAAGAAUCCAGGGCAUGUGACAAACUGGGGGCCUGCGUCGUUCACCCAAGGAGAACUGCAGCAAAGAGAGAAGUCUUGGCAAGAGAAGAGGAGCCCCAGUACGGACUAGCACCCAAGGGUGCCGGAACAAUGGAUUAGGGUGCAGGACUAACGGUGUGGCUUUAGUGUGUUAACGUCUGCGUUUCCGAGUUGCGUCAAUAAAGUCAAAACUAAAUCUGGAUUUACGCCAAUCUGAGCUCUAGCUAACGCCCCCGCGGAUCAGUGGGCGGGAUUUGCACGGAAUAAAAGCCCAGUGACAUCACAUCAGAAAUAGAACCGCCUGCUCCGCUCAACUCCACGGAGAAUUGCGACUAAUUUUAUUACUGAAGGUUUUUUUUUACGUUCUAAAAUAGUGUUUUUUUGUGAUAAUUUCCUGCAAUGUAACAAAUGACAUGUAUAAAAUCUAAUUUCUGUACAUUU